UCGACAUCUCUCACGACCGUCGCACGCUGAUGACCGAGUUUGCUUGAUGUGUCGCUGGAUUAUAAUAUCGUUUCCUAUGUCCGUUUAUGUCAGUUUCGCGAGUCUCUUUCGAUGAUACCAGCUCAUGGUGCUACUGGGCUUUGUUUUUACUCUAUACUGAAUGGAUAAUCUCAAUGACGUAUCAAUUAUUCAUCUACUUGGACCCUACUUGUUUGAUCGCCUGAAAAUAAUCGUCAGCCAGUCGAUUGUCGCGUGGUGCUGAAAAUGUACCCUCGCGGCUCGCGGUUGGGCUCACCUGUAAACUUUUGUGUAGAUCGCCCAACCUCCCGCCGUUGUCACCGGGGAACCUGCACACACCAAAGUUCGUCGCAUGUACAGAAAUUUUCAAGAACACGAGCGAGCGCCAAUCAAUCUUUAGCGCCCUGACGACUUCACUCUCGAAGCGCCGGACCCCACGGUCAGCAGACUCGAACGCUGAUUGCCUCAUCGUGCAGCAUCAACGCCAACCCCGGCGCCUAUUUUCAGGCAUCGUCACCCCUCCAGAGAAAGCGCUUAGUACUCACACUUCGGUACUCUCUCCUUCGCCAACUACGUCUUUCCCGGGCCUGUGUUUCAUCACGGCGCGUACACCUGAGCUACAGGCGCCCCCGUCUCAGGUUCGACGAAUCUAUGGACCAGCCAGUCGCCAGCGGGCCUGAAGGACUUGAUCUCCAUUACUGCACCAAUAGCAGCAAAAUGCCUGUAGCCGCCCUGAGAUUUGAGGAUGAUGAUGUUGUCUCCCACUCUGUCGCCGGCCCUUCGGUUUUCCUCAUGGAUUGUUCUCUGGUCUUUUACUCAUUGUUUCCUCUCUAAUCACUUCCAGGACUUAUAGAAUGAUAUACUACACUCACUAAUGACUCAGAGGCUAGAGCUCCUCUGUAGCUCAAGAUUGGGGCUGCCGCACCAUGUUACCAUAUCCUUUUCGACGGAUACUGUUCGCAUCUAUCCUUAUUUGUCUUGUAUGCCUCGCGCAGGGCGCGGAGACCACCGUCAUUUCCUUGCUGGACUUAAUGCCAAAAUGUGCUUCACAAUGCAUCGAGAACUUCAUCAGCACCGAAUAUCCAAGAAACGCUUGCGCGAGAGGUUGUGACCUUGACUAUCUGUGCACGACGAAUACAACCAGCGGCUACACCCUGGGAGAGGGUGCCUUGCGCUGUAGUCUCUCGCUGUGUUCCAUGGAAGUGGCAAUGAGCUUCGAUACAUACAGUAUCUGCGACUCUGUACCCGGAGCUUUACCGCAGACUCACCCCACCAUUGUCGCCACAAUCGCGCCCACAGUUAACCCUACCUCUACCGCGACGAGACCUACUACGAUAAUCACCGCAGAGCCCGAGACUACAGAUACUCGUACGACUACAAUCUCGACUACAACGAAGAUGAAUUCAACGCCGACAGCGGUCACAACAUUUCAAACUCCAGUAUCAACCACCGACAGCACGCCGGAUCCCUCCAGUACAGAAACCGAUGAACCGACAUUUACAUCUCCCGAGACGUCGCCGAGCGCGACCACAAGCGAUCCACCUGCCGCACCUGCCAGAGGUAGCGGUCUCAACUCUGGAGCAGUUAUUGGCGUCUCCGUUGCUUCAGGCCUUGCCGGAUUCUUUAUCCUUGGAGUCAUCAUCUUCUUCUGCUCUAGGAGAAUCCGACGCAGAAACGCGCAGGAUCGGGAAUUCUUCGAGAUUGGAGGACACAUGGCUGAGCCUCUAGAUUUCAGUUUCCCCCCGAGACGACCUCCGAUGGGGCCUCGCCCGACACCUGGCACGCAAAAUACAGACGCCGAGGAUGCAAGACUUGUCCCUCCUGCAGAGCCUGGAUAUCAGCACCCAGCAGUCACUGUCACGGAACCUGAAGCCGAGUACGACUACGAGCGUAUGAGGGCGGGGCUGACAGACAGAUCGGGAAUUCAAUCGUCCUCUAACCUGGAGUUUGACGCAGCCUCAUCCAUCUCCUCAAGGACGGUUUCCGACUUGCUUCCGGACAAACCCACAUACGAGCUCUACCCGAGACCACUACGAUGGAGUCAACAUAAAAAGUCGAGGCCCUCCAGUACAGCAACCUACUUCGAGGAAGAGAAUCCUCCGGCCCAACGGAACCUCCCCAGUCCGUCCCUCCAGCAUUUCGUAUUCACCGGUUCGACGGAUAGAAGCAGCAACCGACCCCACAUGGCCGGCCUCCCUGCCAACCCGCGGGCAAUGAAGUACGGGUUCGGACCAGGACCGAAUCAGCUACCAACAACAAAGGGACCCGAUCACGGCAAGAAACCCGUGUACGCAGCUGCCAAAGAGAACAUCCCCCCCUCCCGACAGGCCGCCAUACAUAGAAGCUCGAGCUCGAGCUCGGCCUCUCCCUACCAGCAGUCUGCACACAUAGACUACGAUGACAACAUUGACAACUAUUGGCCCAGCACCGACGCUGGUUUCGUCGGGGCGCGGGUCAUCCAGCCUCAACGUGCACAACAGAACGUACCGCAACCGCCCCCACACAGCUCAUUUCACAGCGCCGGCGCGAAGCGGAAUUCCUUUGGCGACUAUCCAGGGUACGAUUUCGAGAGCCUAGACUACAACGGCGAUGGCACCGGGUUAGGGCUAGGUCCAUCACGCCACACAUCCCGCCAUUCAGGGUCUUUCCGUCCCCUUACACCGGUUCGCGAAAUCCGGACACCUACUGGCGAAGUACAAAAGACUCUCGACAAUCCUUUCAACACCCCGAGUAAGAGUAAUAAGCCGGCGAGAUACCAUCCACCCGGUCCAUCCUCACUUUCAGCCCCGCCGACUCAACCAGGCCCAGCACAAGAAAUCGUUUCUCGUCCGCGAAUCGUCCGGCAAGAUGAUAUAAAGCGUGUUCAGAUUCGUCGCGGGAAGCCAUCUCCCAAGGAGGUUACUGUUCCCUACUGCCCUGAUGACUACUGGCAUGAGCCGGAGAGUAGUGAAGCUCAGGCUCAGGUUCAGCAUCAGCAUCAGCCGUCAUCCUUCGGUGGCCCCUCUUCCGGAGGAAGAGAACAAGCAGGACCAUGGGGGUACAUAACACCGCGUCAAUCAGGAGAUUACAGUAACAAGUACGCUCCUGCUGCACCUGGAGGUAAAGGCAACCUGGGCAUGCCGAAGAAGAAGCCUGCGCCGAUGGAACGGAAUCUGACACCCUCAAGAAGGGGCCAAGAUUUGAUUCUUCAGGUGGAUUGAUUGAUUAAAUGGUUGAUGAUGCUGCCUUGACUAACUGAACAUAUACAUACAUGGGCUUCACGUUUGUACGGACAUAUUUUCUUCGUUGUAUUAUUUAUGUAUAUCGUGUGGCAUUUAGCGUUCUUUUCUCACCGUCCUUCUUUCGUUCUCUUUCUCUCCCUUCUUCUCUACCUUACUUCAGCAUACCACCUUCCCUUUAUCUCUAUCUCUCUUCGGGAUAUGCAUUGGAUGUCCUUGAUGGACAUGGUUUGGGCGCAUUUCUCAGGCUUAGAACUACUAUCUAAAAGUAAUAACAUGAAUUACUCAUUUCUCUGGCUCUUAUA